AUGCUGACUGCUGAUAUGAUUGUAAUGAUGCACGAUGACGAUGACCGCGAGACGAAUUUUCAAAGUAUUUUCCAAGUUAAACCUAACCGUAUGUAGUGGUGACUAGCUUAAUUUUAUAAAUUAUUCGAUAUAAUAACAGUAUAAUACGGCGUUUCCGGGGUACGCAGACCCCUAGGAGUCCGCGAGAAGGUAUUAGCGGGUUCGCGGAACAGAAAAGGCGUAAAAAGGCGGAAAAAGUGAAAUUUGUUGUAUUUAAUCGAAACGGUUUAUUAUUUGUGAAAUAUUGAAAAUAUCGUAAAUCGAUUUUCCGCACUAUACAGUAUAGGUGUACCACAGGCAUAUAAUAAGCGUACAAUAAUAUAUCAAUAUAGGCGGCGGCACGUGUUCGCUAGAUUUUCUUUAAUCUGAUUGCGUAGCGCGGCUCGUAGCGUACGUAUGGCAGUGGUGAGAGGCCGAGGGAAUGAAAGUCGAGAAACGCUGGUAUAACUGACGGUAUCGAAGCAUAGAUAAACAAAAAAAAAAAAAAGGGCUGCGGAAUUCGCGGCGUUAUAAUAUUUUAAUGUGAACGGAAAACAGUGUGCGAAACAUUGCACACGCACAAACAUCGAUAACAAAAACAAAUCGCAUUGUAAAUAAAUUGAAUAUACGCGAGAUACGAUACAAUUAGGAAUGCGUGACCGCCGGAAACGGUAACUUUCCGGGAAAACGUGGAGUUUUGACGUCGGGGCACCGAGGGGCGACGGCCGCCGGAUAAACGUGCAGGUCGAUGCCGGUGUACCGACGUAGAUGAAAUAAAUCGUAUGCGUCGGUUUUUUAUAUGUAUAUAUAUAUAUAUAUAUAUAUAUAUAUAUAUAUAUGCAUACUUUUUUAAUACGUCAAUAGUUGCUGUGGCAUUCAAAGUGAGUAUACACCCGCCUACCCACAUGAAAUCGGAAUGUAAUUACUAAUUAGUGUGGCAAUAGGUUUGGACUGACGAUGCGAUUUUCCUUAUAGUCCUAUUGUCAAAGAACUAGAAAAUGUCCGUUCUUCCUCGUUCGUUUUGAUGGGUGCCUACCAAGAACGGACACGUGUAGAUAUAUAUCUAUAUGUUUUCACAACGCGAUGUAGUUUCUACAAAACGACGCAUAACUCGUGAAAUUGCGCGGAAAAGUUUUGUCAACAAAUUUUAAAUAAAAAACCGUACCGUAAUCAAUGCAACUCCGGAAUACUAUUAUAAUUGCCAAUUAUUUUUCAAGACACUCUAUAUUAGUAUUAAUUAAUCGAAGUUGGCGCGCUGAAUUGCUGACGAUCAAAAACAAAUUGCGAAACGACAUAAUAUUUAUAAUCGUUAAAAACUACAGUAAUCAGAAUAUUAUUAAGAAAACAAACACGUUGAGUCGUAAUCACGGUGGUAAAAAUAUGCAUUGAAAUAUGAUCUAGGUACAAUAUAAUGUAUUCGAACGCAUUAAUUAUUGCACUCGGAAUGCAUUCUGAACGGUUAGAAUUCCUUCUGACAUAGCCAGUUUUAACGGAAAUAUUGAAAAUAUGAAAACUCAAAUUAACUUGCAAAUAAAUUUAAAAAUGGUUAUAUUAUUAUCACCUACAAUCUUAAUAAUAAUUUAUUAUGUAAUCGGGAAAUUAGUUAAGAAGCACAUUAGGCAUAUGCAUUACUGGGCCUCUGUACUAGGGGAGGCUAGAGCCCCAGCUUUUUUUCUCUCAUAAUGUUUUCGAACAAAUUCCUAAAAUUUUUGAAAAAGACUAGAGCAGUUUUACUGACCGAAAAAGUGUUUUGUGAGAAUAAAAAACUAUACCAUACAGUUGAACUUCUUUGCUACACUCAAAAUCUAAAAAUAAAUAAAUUUACUAGCUUAGUGGGGCAGGGGUAGGAAUUGUACACGAACAAACAUUAAAAAAUAGUGAUAUCUUUGAAAUUGAUUAUUAUAUUAAAUAAGCUGUUGUAUACAAUGACAUUUUAACUUUGAUCUCGGAUUAUGCACAUAGUCAUACGUACGUCUGAAAUAUUCGAAAGAUUAUAAUAAAAACGUGUUUUGAAACAGUUGAUAAGUUAUUCAAUUUCAUGUCAAUUAUGAAACUGCUGCAACAAUAGAAACAAUAUAUUAUGACAAACGGAUAUUUUAUUAAAAACGUUAUGGACAAACGGUAUUGUGUAAUCAGACGAAUAUUAUGGGCUGUUUAAGUACCUAAUAAUCUUGAACCCGGCGUGUUUAAAAGCCUUAAUACGCCUUAAAAGAGGAAAAAAACCGAAUUAAUGUCGUUGUAAUGUUUGUUUUAUUCCGUUGUCUCGUAUUAAUAUUUUAUAGGGUCAUCGACGACUAUAAUGUGAUAGCAUAACCUUGGACGGUCCUAAUAAACAGAUUGGUUGAAAUGAAUUUUGAUAUAAUUUGUCUGUAUGUAUACAUAUGGAUAUAUUUUAGAUUCGGAGCGUAGUGAGGGAUCAAUUGGUUUUACUAAGAUGAAUAUGAUUUUUUUUUGUAUCAUUAAACAACUUUUCUAUCAGUUAUAUAGCUCUAAAAUAUAGAAUAUAGUAGCUUUUCUGAAAAGUACUUUUGUCUAGUUGAUGAAUUGAAUAGAUCAUUUUUUCACUUUUCAAAGGGUUUACAAAAUGAUCCGAAAGAAAAUUAUAAGUAAAACGGAAUACAUGCCUUACCGAACUUUGUUCCUAAUCGUUUUUUGUUAGCAACGGUUUAUCGUUGCUUAAAGACAUGUGCGUUUACAAACAUUUUUUUUUUUUUUUUUGUUGGGGGGAAAGUUAAGGUGUCUAUAACACUAUUCCUAAACUUUUUUACUUUUUUCCUAUACUACUUUAUCUAUACUAUCUCGGAUUUCCCAGUUAUAAUAAAUAACGCUCAGAAAAUCAAAUAAAAAAAAAAAAAAAAUGGGUUCCUCAAUGUACCAACUAGAUUCAAAAUUCUAUAAAAAGGUCUCAUGUUAUUUCUUGAUUAGAACAAACAUUUCUGAUAGUAAAGUCACUCCGCCUAGUAUCUAAAAAAACGCAAACACCAUAGUAAAACCAAUAAAUUGAAAUAUGUAAAUAUUCGUUUAAAAGCCGUUGUUAACGUUGUUACGUUGAAAUAUUGCCUAUUAUAAUUAUAAUAAUAAUAUAAAGAAGCCACCGGGAUAUGUUGCUAAUAAUUCAGAAAAAAUAUAAUCGUAUUUAUUUAAAUGGUACGCACAUGUUGUGUUUGCAUGUUUACUUUUAAACUGUUCAUUAAACGGCAAAUACUUAUUAUUUACUUUGCGUGAUUAAUGGUUUUUUUUUUUUUUUUUUUUUUUUGUACGGAAUAUAAUAAUUCGAAACCCGCGUGAAAAAAUUAUUAUCAAUCCAAUAAUACUCAGUAUUUUUUCAUGAUAUAACGCGUUCAUUGUUUUGCGUCUACAUUUUGUCAAUGUCCGCAAAGAUUAUACAGAAACCAUUCAACUUCGAUUUACCAAGAUUCAUCUACGACCGGCGUGGCCGCCAUUGAUUUAGUAACAUUAUAUCUGGAGUCGCAAGUUUUACAAUGAAAUUUAAUUAUUUAACCGUUCAUUUAGUAAGUCUUAUUUUGCUAUCUAUGUGUCCUUCAUAUGAGGGAUCACGAGGAGCUGUUCCAGAUAGAAGUGAUUUGACUUGUGCGCCCGGUCAAUCAAAAUGCGUAAUGGACGGAUUUACACCGAAUCCGUGUUUGAUUUGUUUUAAUGAAUGUCCGGCUGGGACCGUCAAAGCUAAUCCGAAUACCAAAUACCCUUGUCCUAAUAGCCAACCUUGUCAUGACACCGAUAUACACAGUGUAUGUUGUGAACCUCCAGGACAAUGUGUGUAA